UGCAUUCUGGGACUUGUCAGGGUUUCUCAGACAUGGCGGCCCGUGCGCUCACCCAGUGUGUUCGUUCGCUAACCCGGUCUUCGACAAGGUUAUUUCAAGGAUCCGUGAUCGCAAGAUCAAGUAGUGCGCUGCUUUUUUCCAAUGACCGAUCAUUUUCUGUGAUCGGUUGCACCCAGAGAACACGGGGGAUCGAGCAGUCUCGGAUUUCACAGCUGAGUCGACAGUAUGGAGGUUUGCCUCCUCUCACAAUCGAGGCAAUCACAGAGCGUGUUAUGUACGUCUUGAAGCUGUAUGACAAGAUCAAUCCCGAGAACCUGAAAGCGUCCUCUCACUUCAUGAAGGAUUUGGGGUUGGAUAGUUUGGACCAGGUCGAAAUUAUAAUGGCAAUGGAGGAUGAGUUUGGAUUUGAGAUCCCAGAUGCGGCAGCAGAGAAACUAAUGACUCCUGCGGAGAUUGUACAAUUCAUUGCUGAUAAGAAAGAUGUUUAUGAAUAAGGUGUGGUGGGAAUGACCUUGUUGAAUAUACUGCAGAUGUAACGGGGCAGUUUUUUCUGUUUUUGUAUCCACUUGCUCACCUUGUCAGUCUGUGGCUAUCAAAGUCCACUGCCUUGUCGUAUGUACCGCUGUAUGUGAUAAUUAAAUGUGAGUUAAUUCUUUGAGUUUUAAAGAGCUUAAUAAACCAGACCUAAGAGAA